CUGAAGUGUUAGGACACUCCCAUGUAACCUGGCCAUCGCUGCAGAACUGAAUUUACAAACCCAGGAUGGAGGAUCUGUACAUGAACAUUGAGGAGGUUAAACAUGUCAACACGGGAUCUUCAGCUCCUCAGGUCUCAAACAGGGGCUUACGUAGAGCUGUUGUCUUUCUGGGGUUCUUCUGUGGUUCCCUGAUGUUUGGACUCAUCGGCCUCGGGGUCUACAUAAACAUCUCAGCUGCAGAACUGACCUCAAUCAAAGCCAACAUGACGGACCAUCUACAGACCAGCAAAGACCAGAUGUCAGACCUGAACGGGCAGCUCCAGACCAGCAGAGACCAGAUAUCAGACCUGAUUAGAGACCGAGACCAGCUCAACACCAGCCUCAUCAGAGCCAACCAGGAAGUGGAGAGGCUGCAGACUCUGCCCAAAAAGCAGAAGACAACGUGUCCUGCAGGAUGGAGGAUGUCCUUUUGCAGCUGUUACUUCUUUUCCAGUACAGCUGGACCCUGGGAAGCAGGAAGAAACGACUGCAAAAACAGAGACGCAGAUCUGGUGGUGAUAGACAGCACAGAGGAACAGGAGUUCAUCCAAGGGUUCAAAGAUUAUUAUUGGAUCGGUUUGACUGAUCGUGUCAAUGAGGGAACUUGGAAAUGGGUCGAUGGAUCUCCAGUCACACUGACGUUCUGGGAUAAAGGGGAACCGAACAAUGGUAUGGGGAGUAACGGUGUGAAUCUCGGUGAAGAGGACUGUGCAGAAAAACCGGUGAAGGGUAAAUGGAAUGAUCUGUCCUGUAACACCCUGAGACGUUGGAUCUGUGAGAAAUAGCUGCAAUGUUUAGAAUCUGACCAAAAGUCAAAUCACUCACAGUAUUUCAUUGGAACGCCUUCAGCUGUGAUGGUGUAUGACACUGGAGACACUCAUUUUAAAGCUCCAUCAGUUCUUAUGGAAUAUGUUCAGAUUCACUGCACUUAUCACUGCAGGCU